UAAUCCUUGGCAAAGUCCCAAGAUAAGCACAGGUGUUAAAUUCUGGACAAACUUAACUCAAAACCAGAGUAAUAAUUGGGACAUUGGGACAGCAUACAAUGCCUGGGGAUACAUACCUGAUGGUACUUUCUGCAGUAGCCUGUUUAUGUGUUCUAAACACUGAGGCUUAUUCGGGCAGAAAUAUCUCACUCACUCUUCGAGACAGGAGGUCAAAUGCAGUUUGCAGCAUCAACUGUGAUUUUGAAAGUGAUAUCUGCAGUUGGUCUCAGUUGGUGACUGACGUUUUUGAUUGGACAAGACAAACAGGUUCUACCACCUCAUCAAUGACCGGUCCCUCCUCUGACCAUACAACAGGAAGUGGUUUUUAUAUCUACAUUGAGGGUGACAGUGCAACUCAUGGUGACACGGCCCGUCUCCUCAGUUCAGAAUGUGCUGACCCUCAACCUCAGUGUCUACAGUUUUGGUAUCACAUUUAUGGUACCAGCAGCACCAUGGGACUAACCGUCUACCUGCUUGAGGGCAACAAGGCCCAGGAGGUGUGGAGUACGAGAGAAAACCAUGGAGAUGUGUGGCAUCAUGCACUGGUUGAACUGAGACCAAACACAAAGUUUCGGGUCAUCUUUGAGGGGCGUAGAGGAAGCACAGCCCUGUCAGAUGUUGCUAUUGAUGAUGUCUCUCUGCACAGAGGAACCUGUGAUGAUUUAAUAAACCAGGUGACUCCAUCACCAACAUCUCUGGUGUCAUCGACAGCAGCUUCAACAACACCACACCCUGCACCAAUCCAAACUACCACCACAACUGUCCGAACUACAGUCAGACCCAAUCCAUCUACAGAAGUAUCAAACACCCCUGCACCAAUUUGCAGCAUCAACUGUGAUUUUGAAAGUGAUAUCUGCAGUUGGUCUCAGUUGGUGACUGAUGUUUUUGAUUGGACAAGACACACAGGUUCUACCACCUCAUCAAUGACCGGUCCCUCCUCUGACCAUACAACAGGAAGUGGUUUUUAUAUCUACAUUGAGGGUGACAGUGCAACUCAUGGUGACACGGCCCGUCUCCUCAGUUCAGAAUGUGCUGACCCUCAACCUCAGUGUCUACAGUUUUGGUAUCACAUUUAUGGUACCAGCAGCACCAUGGGACUAACCGUCUACCUGCUUGAGGGCAACAAGGCCCAGGAGGUGUGGAGUAGGAGAGACCAUGGAGAUGUGUGGCAUCAUGCACUGGUUGAACUGAAACCAAACACAAAGUUUCGGGUCAUCUUUGAGGGGCGUAGAGGAAGCACAGCCCUGUCAGAUGUUGCUAUUGAUGAUGUCUCUCUGCACAGAGGAACCUGUGAUGAUUUAAUAAACCAGGUGACUCCAUCACCAACAUCUCUGGUGUCAUCGACAGCAGCUUCAACAACACCACACCCUGCACCAAUCCAAACUACCACCACAACUGUCCGAACUACAGUCAGACCCAAUCCAUCUACAGAAGUAUCAAACACCCCUGCACCAAUUUGCAGCAUCAACUGUGAUUUUGAAAGUGAUAUCUGCAGUUGGUCUCAGUUGGUGACUGAUGUUUUUGAUUGGACAAGACACACAGGUUCUACCACCUCAUCAAUGACCGGUCCCUCCUCUGACCAUACAACAGGAAGUGGUUUUUAUAUCUACAUUGAGGGUGACAGUGCAACUCAUGGUGACACGGCCCGUCUCCUCAGUUCAGAAUGUGCUGACCCUCAACCUCAGUGUCUACAGUUUUGGUAUCACAUUUAUGGUACCAGCAGCACCAUGGGACUAACCGUCUACCUGCUUGAGGGCAACAAGGCCCAGGAGGUGUGGAGUAGGAGAGAAAACCAUGGAGAUGUGUGGCAUCAUGCACUGGUUGAACUGAGACCAAACACAAAGUUUCGGGUCAUCUUUGAGGGGCGUAGAGGAAGCACAGCCCUGUCAGAUGUUGCUAUUGAUGAUGUCUCUCUGCACAGAGGAACCUGUGAUGAUUUAAUAAACCAGGUGACUCCAUCACCAACAUCUCUGGUGUCAUCGACAGCAGCUUCAACAACACCACACCCUGCACCAAUCCAAACUACCACCACAACUGUCCGAACUACAGUCAGACCCAAUCCAUCUACAGAAGUAUCAAACACCCCUGCACCAAUUUGCAGCAUCAACUGUGAUUUUGAAAGUGAUAUCUGCAGUUGGUCUCAGUUGGUGACUGAUGUUUUUGAUUGGACAAGACACACAGGUUCUACCACCUCAUCAAUGACCGGUCCCUCCUCUGACCAUACAACAGGAAGUGGUUUUUAUAUCUACAUUGAGGGUGACAGUGCAACUCAUGGUGACACGGCCCGUCUCCUCAGUUCAGAAUGUGCUGACCCUCAACCUCAGUGUCUACAGUUUUGGUAUCACAUUUAUGGUACCAGCAGCACCAUGGGACUAACCGUCUACCUGCUUGAGGGCAACAAGGCCCAGGAGGUGUGGAGUAGGAGAGAAAACCAUGGAGAUGUGUGGCAUCAUGCACUGGUUGAACUGAGACCAAACACAAAGUUUCGGGUCAUCUUUGAGGGGCGUAGAGGAAGCACAGCCCUGUCAGAUGUUGCUAUUGAUGAUGUCUCUCUGCACAGAGGAACCUGUGAUGAUUUAAUAAACCAGGUGACUCCAUCACCAACAUCUCUGGUGUCAUCGACAGCAGCUUCAACAACACCACACCCUGCACCAAUCCAAACUACCACCACAACUGUCCGAACUACAGUCAGACCCAAUCCAUCUACAGAAGUAUCAAACACCCCUGCACCAAUUUGCAGCAUCAACUGUGAUUUUGAAAGUGAUAUCUGCAGUUGGUCUCAGUUGGUGACUGACGUUUUUGAUUGGACAAGACACACAGGUUCUACUACCUCAUCAAUGACCGGUCCCUCCUCUGACCAUACAACAGGAAGUGGUUUUUAUAUCUACAUUGAGGGUGACAGUGCAACUCAUGGUGACACGGCCCGUCUCCUCAGUUCAGAAUGUGCUGACCCUCAACCUCAGUGUCUACAGUUUUGGUAUCACAUUUAUGGUACCAGCAGCACCAUGGGACUAACCGUCUACCUGCUUGAGGGCAACAAGGCCCAGGAGGUGUGGAGUAGGAGAGAAAACCAUGGAGAUGUGUGGCAUCAUGCACUGGUUGAACUGAAACCAAACACAAAGUUUCGGGUCAUCUUUGAGGGGCGUAGAGGAAGCACAGCCCUGUCAGAUGUUGCUAUUGAUGAUGUCUCUCUGCACAGAGGAACCUGUGAUGAUUUAAUAAACCAGGUGACUCCAUCACCAACAUCUCUGGUGUCAUCGACAGCAGCUUCAACAACACCACACCCUGCACCAAUCCAAACUACCACCACAACUGUCCGAACUACAGUCAGACCCAAUCCAUCUACAGAAGUAUCAAACACCCCUGCACCAAUUUGCAGCAUCAACUGUGAUUUUGAAAGUGAUAUCUGCAGUUGGUCUCAGUUGGUGACUGACGUUUUUGAUUGGACAAGACACACAGGUUCUACUACCUCAUCAAUGACCGGUCCCUCCUCUGACCAUACAACAGGAAGUGGUUUUUAUAUCUACAUUGAGGGUGACAGUGCAACUCAUGGUGACACGGCCCGUCUCCUCAGUUCAGAAUGUGCUGACCCUCAACCUCAGUGUCUACAGUUUUGGUAUCACAUUUAUGGUACCAGCAGCACCAUGGGACUAACAGUCUACCUGCUUGAAGGCAACAAGGCCCAGGAGGUGUGGAGUAGGAGAGAAAACCAUGGAGAUGUGUGGCAUCACGCACUGGUUGAACUGAGACCAAACACAAAGUUUCGGGUCAUCUUUGAGGGGCGUAGAGGAAGCACAGCCCUGUCAGAUGUUGCUAUUGAUGAUGUCUCUCUGCACAGAGGAACCUGUGAUGAUUUAAUAAACCAGGUGACUCCAUCACCAACAUCUCUGGUGUCAUCGACAGCAGCUUCAACAACACCACACCCUGCACCAAUCCAAACUACCACCACAACUGUCCGAACUACAGUCAGACCCAAUCCAUCUACAGAAGUAUCAAACACCCCUGCACCAAUUUGCAGCAUCAACUGUGAUUUUGAAAGUGAUAUCUGCAGUUGGAAUCAGUUGCUGACUGACGUUUUUGAUUGGACGAGACACAAAGGCUCCACCCCCUCAUCAAUGACCGGUCCCUCCGCAGACCACACAACAGGAAGUGGUUUUUAUAUCUACAUUGAGGGUGACAGUGCAACUCAUGGUGACACGGCCCGUCUCCUUAGUUCAGAAUGUGCUGACCCUCAACCUCAGUGUCUGCAGUUUUGGUAUCACAUUUACGGUACCAGUAGCACCAUGGGACUGAGCGUCUACCAGCUGGAGGGCAACAAGGCCCAGGAGGUGUGGAGGAGAAGAGAAAACCAUGGAGACAUGUGGCACCGUGCUCUAGUUGACCUUAGACCAAAGACAAAGUUUCAGGUCAUCUUUGAGGGGCGUAUAGGAAGCACAGCCCUGUCAGAUGUUGCCAUUGAUGAUGUCUCUCUGCACAGAGGAUCCUGUGAUGAUUUUAUAAACCAGGUGACUACAGCCACACCCAUCCAAACAACAUCUGCCCCUAUCCAAACUACAGCUGCACCUGUUCAAUCUACAGCCGCACCCAUUCAGUCUACAGCAAGGCCCAUCCAAACUACAGCCGUACCUGUCAUAACUACAGCCGCACCCAUCCAAACAACAGCUGCACCUGUUCAAACUACGGCUGCACCCAUUCACUCAACAGCAAGGCCCAUCCAAACUACAGCUGCACCUGUCAUAACUACAGCCGCACCCAUUCACUCUACAGCAAGGCCCAUCCAAACUACACCCGCACCCAUCCAAACAACAGCUGUACCUGUUCAAACUACGGAUGCACUCAUUCACUCUACGACAAGGCCCAUCCAAACUACAGCCGCACCUGUCAUAACUACAGCCACACCCAUCCAAACUACAGCUGCACCCAUUCACUCUACAGCAAGGCCCAUCCAAACUACAGCCGCACCUGUCAUAACUACAGCCACACCCGUUCACUCUACAGCAAGGCCCAUCCAAACUACAGACGUCUCAAUGCCCUCUUGCCCCACAAACAGUCAUUACACUGACUGCAUCCCUGCCUGCCAGCCUACUUGUACACACCUGCACGGCCCCCCUGACUGCAACACUGACGGGCCAUGUGUGCAGGGCUGUGUGUGUGAUGAUGGCUUUGUCCUUAAACAAAGUGUAUGUGUGCCCAUCCAUGAAUGUGGUUGCCAAGACGGCCAUGGCAAUAACCACAACUUUGGUGAUGUUUGGUAUGACAACUACUGCUCACAGAGAUGUGAGUGUGAGGAAGAAAAUGACGGAGAGAUUCAAUGCAAGGAAUAUGAAUGUGAUACAGAUCAGAUAUGUCACAUGACUGAGGAGGGAGAAUACAGUUGCCAGGAGACUGAUUUCAGCAAGUGCAAAAUCAACGAUGACCCCGAAUACAAAACCUUCGACAACAUGAAGCACAAGUUUAAGGGCAAGUACUCUUACGUCCUGGUUCAGUCCACCACCAAGCCAAGCAACCUUCAGGCCGUUUAUGUGGUCAUCAUCAACGAAAAAAUCAAAGGCGAGAGCAGUGAGGAGGAUGACAGCAGUGAGGAGGAUGACAGCAGUGAUGAAGAUGACAGCAGCGAGGAGGACAAUGAUAAUGGCGGUCGUGUUCGUGCUCUGAGAAUCAGAGUUUAUAACCACACUGUGGAAUUUAAACAGGGCCGUAAAAUCACAGUUGAUGGGUUGAGCGUUAAACCUCCUGUCUCCCCCUCUGGAGGGAUAAAGAUUUGGGAACGUUCUUCUUGGGUCUAUCUGAAGACUGACUUUGGACUCUCUGUGGAGUAUAAUGGCAAAGACAAAGCAGAGGUCACUCUUCCCCACACAUAUAAAAGGAAGAUUGGAGGUCUCUGUGGAAAUUUUGAUGACCGCAGCAAAAAUGACAUGAUGAAGCCAAAUGGGGAGCAGGCAAAGAAUCUGAAAGAGUUUGGAGAGAGCUGGAGGGUAACGGACAACAAAAUCAUAGUCUGAUGGAGGCGGUCCUCACUUCAACAGAAAUGGCUUCGGGCUUGAGCUAAUGUAGACAUUUACUUCAAAUCAAAUUCCUUUAUCAUCACUCAAUCACAUACACAAGUGCAACAGUGGGUGAAAGUCUUUGGUGCAGUUCCAAGCAACACCAGUAUGACGAUUACAAUAAACAUCUGAUUUACACAUAACACAUUUUACACAGGGUGGAGCUCGCAGCACAGCAGCCAUACUCUGUGCCAUCUUGCCAACAUACAACAUGAACGAUCUGUUGACCACACCUGUCAUAGCUGAUGCAUUAAUCAGACUAGAUAAGCUUGCUGGAUGUACAUGUUUUUUGAAACAUACACAUUUUUGUCUUUUUUUUUCUGUAGAACACAAUAGAUGAUAAGCAGAAUGUUAGACUGUCAGCCUCGGUUAACAUUUAAUAUCACUGCAAAAUAAAAAAAUGAAAGCAAUGAAAGCAAAUGGUGACUGAGUCUGAGAUAUUAGUUUAUUCACAAAUUGCAUAUAUUGCCUUUUCUUUUUCUGUCACUGCUUUUCUGUUAUUCUUGAAUAAAGCAUCAUUUAUAAA